CGCGCCUCCUUUCACGUGGCGGCGAAGGCGGUGGUGACGGUGGCGCUGGUGGUUGUCGGGUAUAUAAGGCGGUGAGUUGAGGAGUUCCUGCGUCAUUCUUUCCUCGCACCGCCUCAAGGCCACACCGGAAUGAGGCUCCUGAUUACGGUGCUGGCGGCGGUGGUGGCGGGGUGCUUGGGCCGCCCUGACGACAUAAUCAUCCACUCCGGCCCGUCCUUCAGCGCCCCGAUCCACUCCGCCCCUCCACCCGCCACCAGGAGAUCCCACGCAUCCUCCACCACUAUCUCCCCGACCUACAGCCGCCCAACCAUCCGCCUGGACACCGCGCCGAGGCCGCAGCCGACCAUUCAUCAGGAGGUUGACAUCACAGUGUACGAGGAACCGAGAGAAACAUAUCUAGUCCCUACCACUGCUAGGCCGCCGCUCCCUCGUCCUCACCCGACCCUUCCUCCCGUUCCUCGCCCUGUCUACGCCUCUCCACCACCACCACCACCACCACCACCACCACCUCCUCCUCCUCCUCCUCCUCCUCCUCCUCCUCAGCCUGUCUAUGCCUCCCCACCUCCUCAGCCUGUCUAUGCCUCCCCACCUCUUCAUCCACCCCCUUCUCCUCCCCCUCAUGCUCCUCUUCCCCCACUGGUAAGGCGCAGAAGGCCAAGACUCAGACGUAUACGCCCAGUUCGACUUCCAAGACCACAUUCUCCUCUGCCUUUACCGCCUCACCUUCCUCCCCAGCCGUCUCAUCCGCCGCCGCCUCAGCAUCUCCCCCCCAUCCACCCUGAGCCGUACCUGCCCCCCGUGGACGACUACCAGGAACCAAUGCCAUACGGGUUCGGUUACGACGUGCGGGACGAGUACACAGGUGCUAACUACGGCCACCGGGAGUCCAGCGACGGCUAUCUCACCGAGGGAGAGUACUACGUCCCGCUCCCAGACGGCCGGGUGCAGAAAGUGUCGUACUACGUGAACGGCGACUCAGGCUUCGUGGCCCAAGUGUCCUACGAGGGAGAGGCGGCCUACCCUGCCUACUACCAACCAGAGGAACCGUACCCUGCUUAUCCCUUCACUACAGAGGCGCAUCCCCUGCCAUCACCAGCACCGCAGUACCAUCCUCCCCCUCCUCAUCAUCCGCCUCCUCAUCCUCCGCCUCUCUCUUAUGCGUAGAUGAGUGACCGCGCUGUCAGUCUUGCCAAUACCCUGACCACUUACUGUCUCCUCCCUGUAGCGGCGCCGUGUCUCGUGAUGGCGUGAUAGUGUAGUCUCCCUGCCAGCGCCGCGAGCUCAAAGUUACUCGUACAGAAAAUUAUAUGUACUAGGCAUGCGUUGUGGCUUUCCCGUGACGAGUUUACUCGUAUGUGGUGAGUAGACACAAUAGGUACGUGUGACUCAAGGUUUAGCUAUGUAUCACAUUAAGCCACAUUAGAGCAUCACAUUUUGAGAUUGAGCAAGAAUUUUUUUUUCUUUUUUAUAUAGUGACAUGGCUUAGAAAUGUGAUAUUUAGCUAACACUUUUCCUCAUAUUUUCUUAAUCAUUCUUUUGAUAUCUCUUUGGGGACUGGCACCUUUAGCGGGCCUUUUUGUCAGCCUUUCGUUGCCCUAGGCCAGAGCUCCUCUUACACACAAAAACUGAGUGUUACAAAUGUUUAUUUAAAACAAGAGCUGCGACUCAUGCUUAGUACGGAAUAUAGUAACUUUGCGCACUAUGUGACUCUGUGCACGCGAUCACGGCAAGCCUCCCAGCCCUCUAGUUCUAGUCAUCCUAGGUAGGCCCUCGUCCACAAGUAUACGCUCUUUGUAAGUCUUGCCUUGUAAACGUGACUCGAACCACGUCCACCAAUCAGAGGUAGAUUUUAGAAACUGUUAGUUAAUCACGUGUGUGGGAGGGAAGGAAGGAGUGGAUCGGUUAAAGAAGAUCAGAUUAGAAGGCUUGAAGGGGAGAGAAUGAAAUGGUUAAUCUAAAUGAUAAGGUAUACUGAAGGGAAAUGAUAUGGUAGUCAACCCAUAAACUAGCCAAAGACGCACUCGAAGAGGAUAGAAUAAGACACUUUACUCAUUUAAUCAAAUUUAAAAAUGUCCUUUGAACGGGAAUAAUGCGACAGUUAACCAGUAAACUGACCUAAAAAUGCGUCCUUUAGAGAAUGUAAUGAGAUGCUUUAUCCCUUCAAUUAACCCAAACAUGUACUUUGAGUGAGAAUAAUACAAUAGUUUGCCCGUAAAAUAACUAAAGAAGCUCCUAGAGAAGAAAUGGGACAGGAGUUAUCGUUCUCUCCUAUUAAUAUCAACGCGGCACACACAUGCACGACUCGCUGGCCCUGUGGUAAAGUCCUUCACUAUCCCAUCACUGGCCUGGUUGAGGUUCGCGCGCCUGCCAAAACUGCUCAAGAUAUUCACUGAGCAAGAGAACGAGGCGUGUGGCGUAUGAGAAGUCUCAUCCAAGCACAGAGGAGCUUGAGACUCUCUCGGGAGGGCAUAGUUGGCAAUCACAAGUCCUCAUUCUCACUAGUAAGAUUCUCAAGAACGUGGUAAGUUACUGUCAAGUCAUCACACAGCUGUCCAGUGCUUCCUCCCGCUAAGGCAUCACCGUGUUAAGUCUCCCACUCAUGCAAAACCCAACUAACUCACGUUAAUAUCUAUGUGAAGCCGUCGAUUCACCUUCUAGUACUUAACAACACUCAUUACCUUUUCAGACCACUCAAUUUCUUUCCCAGUGAUCCAUUCUAUUCGGCCAGCCUCCCCAGUCCACUCAGUCUUAAGAUCUAGCGGUUGGUUAGAUUUAGUUCCCUCUCCAAUUCCCAUCCAAGUGCUUCCUUAUCUUAGACACCAUUCACCCCAGUCCCACUCAGCCUUCCCAGCUUACGCAAUUGGUGUACUAGCUCUUCAUUCCUCUCACUUCCUCAUCCCACUCAGCCUGACCCAUCCAGUCAAUCCUAUUCAAGUGUUACACCUCUCAAAACGCCCCAUUCUUCUCAGCACCCUAGUUAUUCAUCUACCAUUAUAACUAUUUCACUAUUUUUUCAUCAGUAACAGGUGGAUGAAAGUUGAAAAUAUCCCUAGCACUGAGUUAUGAAUAAUUACAAUGUGUUCUAUGCACUUUCUCUUCUCUUCCUUCCAUUCCUCUUGGACACCCAGACCAGUUAUCUAACCUAGUCACUUCUUCUAUAACUAUUUCUACUCUUUUUUUAAUUAAUAAGAGGUGACUAAAGCCUGAAAAAUGUCCAUAGCACUGAAAUACGAGUCAUUACAGUAUUUCAUUCUCUCUUUCUCUCUUUCUUUCCUCUUACACACCCAGACCAGUUACCUAACACUCUCAGCUCCGGUCCCUACAGUUGCUCCCCCUAACUGUGUGUUGCUCCAGUCUCGCGUCACGUUAUUGUUACUGUUGCUGCUCCGUUGUGUUGCUGUUCCAAAGGUUGUCUCGUCUCCCGCUUGCCACUUCACUGCUCCGCGUUCCUUCUGUUGAUACCGUGACCCAGUGUUGUGUUGUUUUGUGUUGUUUACUUUUGUGUUUCUUAAUAAAGUGAAGGAAAUAUU